AUGAACGAGAGACAUUUCCCAGGCAACGUAUACGAUAAAUCGUUCACCGACAUCAGCAAACUAAAUUCACACCUUAGUAUUCACAGAGGUAAGACACUGUACCCUUGCGAAGCGUGCGACAAGUCGUUCACCCGAAGCAGCAAUUUGAUUAUACACCGGAGGACCCACACAGGCGAGAAACCGUACACUUGCGAAGCGUGCGACAAGUCGUUCAUCCGAAGCAGCAAUUUGAUUGUACACCGGAGAACCCACACAGGCGAGAAACCGUACAAUUGUGACGAGUGCUACAAGUCGUUCUCCCAAAAUAGCUCUUUGAUAUUACACCGGAGGACGCACUCAGGCGAGAAACCCCACCAUUGUGAUAUGUGCGACAAGUCGUUCGUUUGUAGUAACUCUUUGAUUGUACAUCGAAGGACGCACACAGGCGAGAGACCGUACUCAUGUAACGUGUGCGACAAGUUGUUCACCCAAAAAAGCAAUCUGACUGUGCACCAGAAAACGCACCCAGGCGAGAAACCUUAACCAUGCGACGUGACAAGUAACAAGUUUUAAAUCAAAGGCCAUUUGACGAUCUAUUUCGCUAUUUAAUUACC